UCUCCUUUCAAGACUGGUUUUGGUCUUUUCGCUGGUAGCAACGAAGAGAGAACCCGACAUAGCUGAAAAUCCCGUUUGACGGAAUUUAAAAACAUUUUCAGAAUCGAAAAACAAAUUGACAGGAGCUUUAAUUCACCCAUUUGUUACAAGUGUAAUCGGCGCAUAUUCUAUUUUUUUUAAGAGCGUUACUUAUAUUUUUUAAAAGGCAUUAACUGACACAGCUAGCUAAGUUGGCUAGCUAACUUUUCAUAGGUUUGGAAUCACAUGCGCGAGUAGCUGAGCGACGUUAUCAAGUUUACUUUUUUUUAACUAGUUAACUAUCUCUAAAUAUUAUCUAGUCAUUUGGUUGCAGUGUAUAUUCUUUUUGAGAUUUUAGGAAUACACCACACACGUCGUUUAUGGGCUCAUCAUGUCAAUGAAGCAGGCCGGUGGUAAUCGCAAACCCGGCAGUGGCGCUGCCUCUGGUGCCGGGGGAAGUGGCGGACGACAGAAUUUGGGCAGGGGACGACAUAGUGCCAAAGGACCUUCAGCAGCAGUUGUCUCUAAUGGUGUAUAUGCAAACAUGAGGAUGGUCCAUGUCUUGACAUCAUUAGUGGGAACCAAUUGUGAACUGAAAGUAAAAAAUGGAAUGGUUUAUGAUGGAGUGUUUAAAACAUACAGCCCAGAGUGUGACCUGGUUCUGGAUGCGGCCAACAUAAAGAGUCCUGGGCCCAGUGUGGGCUUGCGACAGGAAGACCUCGUGGACAGCAUUAUCUUCAAGGCUUCCGACGUGGUGGUGGUGCACUUCAGAGACGUGGACUUCAAUUUUGCCAGAAAAGAUAACUUCACGGACACUGCAGUGGGCGGCAGAAUCAACGGGGAACACAAGGAGAAGGACCUAGAGCCGUGGGAUGGAGGGCGGCAGCAGCACAUGGUCUCAGGCAGCCUGGAGUCUCUGGACACAGACGUGUCAAAUGGCUGGGACCCGAAUGACAUGUUCAAGUACAAUGAAGAGCAGUAUGGCAUCAAGUCCACCUACGACAGCAGCCUGUCCACCUACACAGUUGCCCUGGAGCGGGAUAACUCUGAGGAGUUUCUGAAGCGGGAGGCGCGAGCGGCCCAACUGGCGGAGGAGAUCGAGGCCAGCUCCACCUACAAGUCCCGCGUGGCCCUGGAGAAUGACGAGCGCAGCGAGGAGGAGAAGUACACCGCCGUGGUGAGGGGAGAGAGGGAGCAACACACACUCAACAGAGAAAACAAGUACAUUCCCCCGGGUCAGAGGAACAGAGAGGGCAUGUCAUGGGGAGCGGGUCGUCAGAACUCCCCCAGGUUGGUCCAGAGCAGCAGCGGACCUCCACCUCCCCGGCCAGGUCUUCACGACUACACCCCCAGCUCUGGAGCUGACCAGCGGGUUGUCAACGGAGGUGCCACCUCCUGCCCAUCGCCAUCCUCCCGCUACCAGUCAGGCCCCUCCCCUCUCCCACCCAGGGCGGCCACGCCCACCCGGCCUCCAUCCAGACCCCCCUCGCGGCCCUCCCGGCCCCCGUCUCACCCCUCUGCUCACGGCUCUCCAGCUCCCAUCUCCACUAUACCCAGUAGACGCAUGUCCUCCGAAGGCCCUCCCAGGAUGUCCCCAAAGACCCAGCGUACCCCUCGCACCCACAGAGUUCCCCCUGGGGGUAGAGUCCCCCCGGGAGUAGACUUCAUGCCCCACAAUGCUCCAGGAGAGGUGCCCGUGCCCCCGGCUACCCGCAGCAGCUCAUCCGGUGGCACCUGGUCUUCAGUGGUCAGCGGCGCACACAGACCUCGAUCCCCUCGGCAGAACAGCAUGGGCGGGGCCUCUCCUGGUCCCUCGCCCCAGACUGGGUCCGCUCCCGUAGAACCGGUUACCACGCCAAUGUCAGCUUCCUCACCUACUGCUAGCCCUGCCCCCAAUAUGGCCGCUACCUCCUCAGCAGAGGCGAAAGAUUCUCGGGUCCAGGCGACGAGACAGAACUCUCCUACGGUCAACAAAGAGAACAUGAAACCCCUGGAGAGCCCCCCUAGUAUCAGCAGACCCCUCUCUAAAGGACCCCCCUCCAUGGCACCAGACCACAGAAAACAAAUAGACAACUUAAAGAAAUUUAGUGUAGAUUUUAGGUUGCAGUCCAGCUCUAACCCAGACCCACAGUUUCAGCAGAUGGUGACUAAGCCUCCACAGGACACGGGAGAGAAGUCCAAGCAGCUUCCUCUGGACAAGGGGUUGGAGGUGUAUGAGGGCCCUGUGGUCCCCGCCAGGAGCAACAAGCCAGACAGCCCUGGCGCACCAUCCCCCUCCCUGUCCUCUACCCUCUGUCCCGCCCCGGAGCAGAACAGGGGGCCUGACGUGACCUCGCAGGGCAUCCAGACAUCUGCACCCAACUUCAGCGGAGGAGCCAAGCCUGAAGACAAGGAAGAGGAUGAGGCAGAUCAAAUGAGAAAGUCGACUCUGAAUCCUAAUGCCCACGAGUUCAAACCCAGGGUCUUCACUCCUCAGCCAAAGCCGGCCACCACCCCGACCCCCCCUCGGCCCCAAGGCCAGCCCAGCCCCUCUAUCGUCAUGCAGCAGCCUCAACAGGUCUACUUCCCCCAGAUGUACCCUCUGACCCCUGUCAGCCCUGGAGUCCAGUCUCCAGCCAUGUACCAUGUCCAGAUGCCUCCUAUGACGCUGAGCCAGUCCAAGCCCUACAGACAAGUACCCAACAUGCCCCAGCAGAGGUCAGACCAGCACCACCCCCAGGGCACGCCCACCAUGAUGCACCCGGCCGCGGGGCCGCCCAUCGUGGCCCAGAGCCCUGCCUACUCAGCCCAGUACUUCACCUGUAGCCCACAGCAGUUUACCAGCCAGCAACUGAUGCCCCACUACCAGUCACAGGCCCAGCAUGUGUUCAGCCCGGUGAUUCAGGGUCAGGCCAGGAUGAUGGCCCCUCCCACCCACGGCCAUCCUGGCCAGCUGGUCUCUUCCACCACCCAGUAUGGUGAACAGACUCACACCAUGUACGUGUCACAGGGCCCCAUGCCGCAGCAGUACGCCCACCCCAAUACCACACUGCAUUCCCACCCCCAGCCCUCGGCCACCCCCACAGGCCAGUCCCAGCAGGGCGUGCAGCACAGUGGCAACCACCCGGCCCCCAGCCCCGUCCAGCAGCACCAGGCUGCUGCAGCUGCCCAGGCCCUGCACAUGGGCAACCAGCCCCAGCAGCAGAUGUACCAGGCCCUGGCCCCCACCCCACCCUCCAUGACCCCGGGGCCCAACCCCCAGUCCCCCCAGGGCAGCUUCUCCUCGGCCCAGCAGGCCGUCUACCUCCACCCCCAGCAGAUGCAGCACGGCUACAACCCCUCCCACAUGGCCCACAUGCAGCAGGCCCAUAUCCAGUCUGGGAUGGUGCAAUCCCACCAUGGUAACCCUGGCCACCCUCAGAUGAUGCUGAUGGCCACCCAGCAGCCAGGUGGCCCCCAGUCCCAACUCGCCCAGAAUGCCCUCAACCCCAUCCCAGUGUCCUCCACUGCUCACUUCUCUUACUUGGCUCACCCCCAAGUACAACAGCACCAUCAGCAGCAGCUGUAGAGGGUUACUGUGGAGAACAUGGACCCCUCUACCAUCCUCGCUCUGAGUCUUCACACAGCUGUCUGUCUUCACACAGAGAGAAUCCACACAGCUCUCAUCAUGCUACAUGUGCGUUCUUCUCCCAGUCAGAAUGUUCAAACAGAUUGUUGCAGUGGACAAAGGUUUUAUUAGUUUAGAGUUGUGCUGAUAACAGAAAGGACUCCUCACUCUUCCCCCCCCACCUGUAGAGGGUCCCUAAGUGAAACUUGAUUUGGCUUGCCAAUUUAAGAAUUGAGAAGGUAAAAAAAUGAACCGGAGCUUGCAUUUUGUCUGCACCUUGAUAUGAAAAUUCUUCCGACUUGGACAGUAUUAAAGUGACUGUUUAAUUGCUGCUACUAUUGCUGCAUUCAAGACUUAAGAACAGGUUCUAACCAAACUAAAACAAAUUAAAAUCUUCCUGUAAUUAAUAACAAGUUUGGCUAAAAGGACUGAAGUAUUUAUGAAUUGAUGGCUAAGGUGAUCCCACUUCCCACCUGACCAUUAUGUAACUUAAGUUAAAAUACAGUUUACUUUGUAGAUAUACAUUUUAAAAAAUUAGGAAAAAAAUAAAAGUUUUAAACUGGG